UAAUUCUGCCGAAUUACGUCUUCUCCAUCGCCUCUCUCUCUCACGUCUCUCUCUCUGGUCAUCGUCCGUUGUUUCUUCAAAGACGGCGGAAGAAAAUAGCUCCGGCAUAGAGAAAGAUUUUUCUUAUAAUCAUGGAUGAAUUUUCGGGUAAAACAACAGUUGAUGGGUUGGUUUUGCCCAGAAAAGCAAAAGGUAUAGUCUUGCGAGAGAAUACAAACAAGAGAGAUGAUAAGAGUCCUCCAAUUUGCAGCCGGAUCGGUUGCAGCGCCAGGAUAAGUUCCACCAAGAGAACCCAGAUUGGCUCUACGGAUAACAAAUUGAAAUCUGCCCGGCCUUCGUUUCGCUCUUCCUCGAAUGGCAAGGAAAUCAUCGGGAGUUCAUCUCGACCUCUGAGUGGUUUUAGCAGCACGAAACCCCCCUCCAAAGGCACCAGUAGGAGACAACUCUCUUCUAAAUCGGAUGCAGAUUCUUCAGAGACUAGCAGUAGCAGCAGCAGUGCUCGUGAUGAAACCGAAACUUGUGAGCACACCCCUCUGCACGGAAAGAGUAAAGGAGGUACUGUCAGUGUUCGUUCCAAAAAUGCUGCCUCCGGGAAAGUUGUGUUGGCUGAGGGAGGGAGCUCAAGUAGAGGAACCAGCCAGAGGUACAAUCAGGGAUCUGAAUUGUGUACCCGAGAUUCUUCUCCCGGACCUUCUAUUUCUUCAUCUUCUGGUAACAGUGUGCAAACUGCGCAUGUCAAUCUGAGCAGGCAUGGUUUGAGAAACCUGCGAUGCCACUCCAUUUCUGAUGUUGUUCCAUCUGAUUCAAGCGCAACAAGGAGAGUCAACGUAUUUAGAAAGAAAAAUUCCAACGGAGAGAACAGUUCUUCUAGCAGGGGGAAUAAGAUGACCAGGCCGGUGCCUGAGGGAAGGAAUCAGAAUUCUCUUCAUGGCAUAUCCGUUUCAGAUUCUAGGAGGCAAAGAAACCUUCUGACUAGUAUGGAUAAUAACAGUGGCAAUUCAGUAACUACAAGGAGAUCAGCUGGUUAUUGUGGUAGGACAGCGCGGCUCGGAGCUGAUGUAUCUACUGCUGCAAUCAUGCAGGUGCAACAGCCUGCAGCUCCAGCUGAUCAUAACUCUUCCUCUUCUGCAGAACUUUUAUUUAGCCCUUCAAGUAGUUACAGUAGGCCAAGCAGUAGCAGUGGCUUAAGUCGUUAUGACAUGAACGGAAUUGCAGAGGUUUUGUUGGCGCUGGAUAGGAUUGAACAAGAUGAAGAACUCACAUAUGAGCAACUGGUUGUUCUUGAGACCAAUCUGUUCUUAAGUGGUAUGGGCAGCUUUUAUGAUCAACAUAGGGAUAUGAGGCUCGACAUUGAUGGCAUGUCUUAUGAGGAACUGUUAGCGUUGGAGGAGAGGAUGGGUACAGUGAGCACUGCUCUAAGCAAUGAAGCAUUGUCGAGAAGCCUCAAGACAAGCAUCUAUAAGGCAACAGAUGAAACCGGCGGCUCUUGUCUGGAUAAAGAUGAUGAUAUCAAAUGCAGCAUCUGCCAGGAAGAGUAUGUGGGUGGGGAUGAAUUAGGGUUUCUGCAAUGCCAACAUAAAUACCAUGUGAGCUGCAUUCACUCAUGGCUCCGGAUGAAGAACUGGUGCCCUGUCUGCAAAACCUCUGCUGAAUCUCCGACACAGCAGCAGUUGCAGCGUUCGUGAUCUGAACAGAUUCAUUUUUAUUUGUGUUUUCAGUUCCAAGAUGAUGGGAGCACAUACGAAAUCCAUCAACACUUCGUCCGAAUUUGCAGUUCUCCAUCGAAGUGUUUCGUCUCUUCAUCAUCUUUUGUCUCUUUUUUGUACAUACGAAUUCACCGUUCUUUGGCGCAUCUGAGCUCCGACAAUACACAAUAAUACACAGAUCCCACUUCACAUGUUGUGUAGAGUUCAAUCCGGUUUCUGUUCUUUCUUUAUACAGACUUCAACUUUCUUUAUAUAGACUUCAACUGGUUCUCGCC